UCAGAUCAGAAUUUAUGGGUAAAUGGGAUUGCAGCAUCCCAGGAUAUUCCUGAGUUGAGAUUGUAGCCAUGGACAGAAAAAAAGGAGACUGCACCAGUCCUGUGCAACCAGGAGAUGCAGAGAGGAGCAGGACGGGAGACCAAGACCCGGAACUAACUGUGUUGGGAAAAGCACAAGAGUUCUUUCAGAUUUGUGAUCUGGAAGGCAAAGGCUUCGUCACUCGUCAAGACAUGCAGAGACUGCAUCCUGAGUUACCUCUCAGCCUGGAAGAACUUGAAAAAGUUUUUGUUACAUUGGAUGCUGAUGGCAAUGGCUCACUUACCCCAAAGGAAUUCAUCACAGGAUUCAGCCAAUUUCUUUUGGAGCAGAUUGCUUUGAAGAAUGACAUGGUGCAACCAUCAGAAGAUGAAACAGUUAGAUAUGAAGAGACCAUGAGUGGUGAUGAGGAUGAAGAAUUCCAGUUCUCAAAUCUGAUGGAUCGGCUUGGAGCUACAAAAGUUUUGGAUGAUGAGACUGAUGUGAAGCAACUUUGGUUGCAGCUAAGAAAAGAAGAACCUCAUUUACUUUCCAAUUUUGAAGAGUUCCUAGUCAGAAUUUUUUCCCAGCUCCAAGAAGCAGAUAAUGAGAAGAACGAGUUGGAAUGUGCUCUAAAAAAGAAAAUUGCUGUUUAUGAUGAAGAAAUUCAACAUCUCUAUGAGGAAAUGGAACAGCAAAUCAAAAAGGAGAAAGAGCAGUUUCUCUUGAAAGACACAGAGAGGUUUCAGUCCCAAAGUCAGGAGCUGGAAUGCAAGCUGCUGUCAAAAGAACAAGAACUGGAACAGUUGGUUCAAAAACAGAAAAGGUUAGAGCAUCAGUGUACACAACUCCUCAGUGGCAAAGAAGAAACCAAAGUGGAGAACACCAAGCUGAAGCUGACUAACCAGGAACUUCUGAGAGACCUGGAGAGAACAUCCCAUGAACUAAGCCUGGCUCAACAGCAGCUACAGGUGCUUCAGGAGGAGGCAUCAAGGCUCCAUGAGGAGAAGGAAAUGGAGGUGUACCGGGUAACAGAAACCUUGCAGAGAGAGAAGUCAGGACUUUUGAAGCAGCUGGAUUUUUUAAGAGAGAGGAACAAACACCUCAAGGAUGAACGUGACAUAUUUUUGCAGAAAUGCAAAACAACUGUUCCAAAAACCAGCUGGAAGCAAAGAUCAGGGUCUAUCAUUGGGAAAUACAUAGAGGGCAAGAUGCCACCUAACAGCCAUUCAUUUGAAGAAGAUGAUAUUUUCAGUAACUCAAAGAGAAGGAAUUCUGCUGGACUGAAUGGAGUUCUCUCUGAAGAUCCUGAUGCUGGAGUCACUGGAGGAAUGCCUAAAACAUCACAUCUUCAAAGAAUAAUAUCAAUUGAAGAAGAUCACCUACCCCAGCUUCUUGACAGGCUGGUUGAUAAGCAGCUGAGCAGAUGGACUGGAGAAGAGGAAAAUGCUUUUGAGAUGGAAAUGAAUAACAAAGACAGAGAGCGAUCAAUGGAACACUCAUCAUCAUCAUCAUCAUCUAGAGAGCAGCCUGUAGGGAAGGAAACACUGUCAAAUGAGGAGAGAAUAAACUCUGUGCCAGAGCGCUUAUUCAAGAUCAUUUUUGUGGGCAAUUCAAGUGUUGGAAAGACUUCAUUCUUAAGAAGAUUUUGUGAAGAUCGUUUUUUCCCAGGCACAGCUGCUACUGUAGGUGUGGAUUACAACGUGAGAACUGUCACGGUAGAUCACACCCAGGUAGCGCUGCAGCUCUGGGACACAGCUGGCCAGGAACGGUACCGAAGCAUUACCAAGCAGUUUUUCAGAAAAGCUGAUGGUGUCAUUGUGAUGUACGACAUAACAGCAAAAGACACAUUCACAGCUGUCAAGCAGUGGCUGAUAAGCAUUGAGGAGGCAACUGGGGAGAAUGUGCCUGUUCUUUUGCUGGGUAACAAAACCGAUAACGAGAAGGAGCGCGAGGUCCCAAUGGGAAUGGGAGACCAUCUUGCAAAGGAUUACAAUUUAAUUUUCUAUGAAUGCAGUGCAUAUUCUGGGUACAAUGUGGAAAAGUCUGUGCUUCACUUAGCUAGGAUUUUAAAAGAACAUGAAGAUAAAGUGAAAGAGAAAACCAUGGAACUUCAAUCUGAUACGAACAAAAAGUCAUGCUGUACGAGGCAAUAAAAUGUUGAGGCAUGUUUAGACAAGUCAUACAUUUAUACAACACUACCUGGUACUAUCAGACUUGCUUUUAUCUUCCAAAUAUUUUUUCUGCUGUGUUCUGAGUGUAGGUGUAAGUGAAAGUUAAAAUCUUUUUAUGAUCUGAUCUUGCUUUUAUAGAUACUGCCUUUAGUUAAUUGACAGUGUAUUUGGGGCAGUGACAGUCUUUUAUUCUGUUUGAUGCCUAACACUACUGAAUCCUGCUUUGUCAUCAGGCUUGUAGAAGCUGCCACAUUAUUAAUAAGAAGAAAUAAUUGUAUGGGAAGAAAACUCUUUGGAAUAUGAAGUAAAUUC